AUGUGUGAAGUAUUAAAUCAAUGCAUUAUUGACGUUGAUAAUAAUGUUCAAACGCUCAAUAAUCGUAAAACAGAUCAUGAUACACUUACAACAUUAGAGAAUUAUGUUUUAUUUCGAAUUUUUCUUCAAAAUAUUGAAAAUAUCAAAGAUUUUAUUGAAAAUAUUUUUAUUCAAGUUACUGAUUCAGGAAUUUCAUUAAAGCAAUUAAAAAAUAAAUAUAUUAUAAACAAACAAAUUAGUGAAAUUAUUGGUGAGGUUGACGAUUCGUUCAAAGAUAUAGAGGAAACAAUGAAGAUAUUUAAUUUCAUAAUCCUUAGAGAUGAACUUAAAGAUAAUAAUACUCAAGAAGCAUACAAUGGUAACAUCACAAUUAUAAAGCAUAUUUCGUAUGUAAAGAAGGACAUAUGGGUUCAGGCAGCACUUUUAAAUAAUUCAAAUGGUUCAAUGCAAACCUUUAAAUCUUCAAUUGAAUUACAAAUUGCAUUGGACAUAAGUAUUGGAUUAGUAUUUCUUAAUGCAGUGAAAUUUUUACAUCUCGAUGAAUCAAGAAAGCUUGAUAUUGAUGUUACUGGAAUCGAAUACGUAGCACCAGAAGCAUUAAGGAGAA